UUCUCCACGCAGAUCUAGUAUUCUCAUCUGGGAUCGGUCCGGUCUCUCUCCUUCUCGCACGGAGUGGCGGAGAACGAAGCGAUUGAUUUAGUCGUCGCGAGUUCGUUUUGACUCUUUUGUCCGGUUGUGUUCGGUGUCCGUUGCUGAGGCCAGAGAGAGGGAGAGAUCGAGGGUUUCCAAGAGUAUCCAUUUCGAAGAAGAAGAAGGAGAAGAAGAAGAAGAAGAACAGUGGGGUCAUGGGGAAGAAGGGGAAGUGGUUCAGCGCUGUGAAGAGGGUCUUCAGCCCUGAAUCAAAGGCGAAGAAGGAAGCGAGAUUGAAGAAGAAACUGGAAUCUGGGACUUCCAAACCUGCUGACUCAUUAGAGCGUGCUGCUUCCGAGGUAGUUCCUCCUCCGCCUCCUCGUCAUCCGGAGGAGGAUAAAGUAGUGGAGAUUGAGAAUGAGCAGAGCAGGCAUGCUUGUUCCGCAGCAGUUGCCGCUCCUGCUGCCAUUGAACCUGUUGUGACAUCUUCUGAGGCCGCAAGGGAGAUCAUUCGCCUCAAAAGCACCACAAAAUACCCAGGCAAGACGACAGAAGAGAUCGCUGCAAUCAAGAUCCAGACUGCUUUCCGAGGCCACCUGGCAAGGAGAGCUCUACGGGCAUUGAGAGGGUUGGUUAGGUUGAAGUCACUGGUUGAUGGUGAUACUGUUAAGCGUCAGGCUACAACCACAUUACGAUGCAUGCAGACCCUGGCAAGGGUUCAAUCACAGAUCCGCUCAAGGAGAAUCAGGAUGCUAGAAGAGAACCAGGCUCUUCAGCGACAAAUGCUGCUCAAACAUGAAAGAGAGCUUGAAAGUUUGAAGAUGGGUGAGGAAUGGGAUGACAGUUUGCAAUCAAAAGAACAGAUUGAGGCAAGUCUGUUAAGCAAGCAAGAGGCUGCAAUAAGAAGAGAAAGAGCACUGGCUUAUGCAUUUUCUCAUCAGCAGUGGAAGAGUUCCUCAAAGCCAGUGAAUCCAUUGUUUAUGGACCCCAAUAACCUACAAUGGGGUUGGAGCUGGUUGGAGCGAUGGAUGGCAGCAAGGCCAUGGGAGACCAGGAGCACAACAGAUAGAGAACCGAACGAUGACCGUGCCUCCAUCAAGAGUACCAUGCAGAGUGAUGGAGGUGGGGUAAUCUUAAAAGCUUAUGCUUGUCGCAAUGCCAAUCCAGAUAAGCCGUCACCAUCAAACCAGAAACCAAGUCGUCCUGCAAGCCGCCAAUCUCCCUCGACACCACCUGUGAAGGCACCAUUGUUAACAGGGAAGAUGAAAUCAGCAAGUCCGAAGCGUGGUUGGGCACCAUUGGAAGACGACUUGAGGAGCAUGGUCAGCCUGCAAUCUGAGCGAUCCAGGAGGCACAGCUUAGCAGCAGCAUCAGUGAGAGACGAUGAGAGCCUAGCUGGUUCACCAGCCGUUCCGAGCUACAUGGCACCCACAGAAUCAGCAAGAGCGAAGUCCCGCUUCCAGAGCCUUUCAGAUGACACCAUUGAGUCUGCAGACAGAUCCUCUGUGGUUUCUGCGAAGAAGAGGCUGUCUUUCCCCACAGGAGAGAGAUACAGUCCAGCAUCUCCAGCUGCGGUGAGACGGAGCUCAGGUCCUCCCAAGGUGGACAUGGCAUUGGUGAAGGAUGUAGAAGUCCGAUCCUGAUCACGACAGAAUCAACACGAGAAGCAGGCAGCUCCAUUGAAACCUGGGAGAAGAUAGUUAUGAAAUGGGUGGAGGACCAACUGUUGUCAGUUUAUUCUAUGAUUACCAUUUAUCUUGAGUGAGAUGUUUGCAAGUGAGUGGUUUGUUUAUAUGAAUUCUUAUUUUGUGAUGAACAAGGAUUUAAUUGAAGUUUCUACUACAUGAUUCCAAUUUUUGGAA